CCUAAAAGUUACCCGGACCAAUUAGACUUCACAAUUCCGACAAAAGUGGUCGCACAUAUGAAGCGGUAACCAUGUGCUUGGAACAGGUGAGAUUCCUCAAUGUGACGGUAGCAUCCAUAUUUACUAUAACGAGUUUAGACUCGUUGGAGCUCCAUUUUUCAAUUGCUACGCCGCAGCUCUUCAUACUAGUAUUAGAUAUUUUCUAGCCUCUCGACGACCAGCAAAGUCUCACUAUAACUGACUACAACUUUGGCUCGGUUCGCCAUGGAGGAAUACGAUUUUAUCAUCAUCGGAGCCGGACUCUCAGGAGUUGACGCUGCCUAUCGCCUGAAAACCCAGCUUCCAGACUGCUCAUACACCAUCUUGGAAGCGCGGGAAGAGAUCGGCGGUACCUGGUCCUUCUUCAAGUUUCCCGGCGUCCGUUCGGAUUCAGAACUUGCUGUUCUGGGCCUCCCCUGGCGGCCAUGGCCUCAUGAGAACGACAUGGCCGACGCCCAUCUCAUUCGAGAAUAUAUCGAAGAUGCGGCACGAGCUGAGGGUAUCGACAAAAAGAUACGAUUCGGCCACCGAGUUAACGGCGCUAGCUGGUCUUCCGAGGAACAGCGUUGGACUCUGUCAGUCCUUGCGGGCGAUGUUAAAAAGGAAUACAGCGCCAACUUUCUACUUGCCUGCACCGGGUACUACGAUUACGAGAAGCCGCUCCAGGCCAACAUACCAGGUAUAGAGAACUUCCAGGGCACGGUCGCGCACCCGCAGUUCUGGCCUCAGGAUAUUGAUUAUGCCGGCAAGAAAGUCAUCAUUAUCGGAUCCGGCGCUACCGCUGUCACCAUGGUCCCGGUAGUGGCUAAGACGGCGAGCCACGUGACGAUGCUUCAAAGGAGUCCUUCUUACGUUAUGAGCCUUCCUCUGUCAAGCCCGGUUAACGUAUGGCUUAAGAGGAAUCUUCCGGAGCACAUAGCUCACUCGAUCAACUGGUGGCUCUCUCUUAUAGCGGAGAACCUCUUCUCCUCCUUUAGCAUAAACUUCCCGAACCAGAUGCGGAAAAUCUUAAUGAAAGAGAUGAGGGCAGAGUUGCCGGCCGACAUUGACGUCGACGUCCAUUUCAACCCCAGGUACGACCCCUGGGAUCAGCGGGUGUGCAUGUGUCCGGAUGGCGAUUUCUUCAAAGCGCUGCAUCAGGACAACUGCGACGUCGUUACCGAUCGCAUCCAAAAAGUGACGGAAGACGGCAUCUUGACCGAGUCGGGGAAGAAGUUGGAGGCGGAUAUCAUCGUGCCAGCAACCGGUCUGAACCUCCAUUUGUUCGGUGGAAUUACCCCCGUCGUCGACGGAGAACCCCUCGAAAUUGGGACUCGUUAUUGCUGGCGAGGGGCCAUGCUCUCCGGCCUUCCGAAUGCCGGAACGGUAACCGGGUACACGACGACUUCGUGGACGGUGGGAGCGGACGCCAGCAUCAAGCUGCUCAUCAGCGUCUGGAAGCGUAUGAAAAAGGUAGGGGCUACGUCGGUCGUGCCAGUUCACGCCCAGGACGAUACCCACCCGUCUAAACCGGUAGUAGCGCAUAGCUCGACUUAUUUCGUCAUGGCACAGAGCAGGUUUCCUAGGAUCACGGGUAGAUCUCCGUGGUAUGGCCGUAAGAAUGCGUUUUUCGAUUACUUCCAACUCUGGUUUGGGAAUUUAUCGAAGGGUUUGGAAUAUACCUUACCUUCGAAGAAGGACGAAUAAUCAUCGGAUUCUAGACCGUGAGCUUGGCGCAGGUGUUAGCUUUGUACAUACGUGAACACGUGUAUAAGUCCCUCUUUGUGGGGUAUUUCGUGGUGUCUGAAUUGGCCAAUUAUUUGCGAGGUUCGAAUGUUGAGGUGUACGGAUUUAUUUAAUACCUGCCAAUUAUUGAAAUUGAAACAAGAUGAAGCUAUCCACGAAUAGGUAUUCGGGGGAAGAUGUUU